AUCCGGCUGCUGGGUAAUGUAAGAUUGCUAUGGUCGGCAAAGGUGCGGCCGUGAAAGCUGUUAGCAAUAAUUAUAAUUUGGCUCGGUGAGCUUCCAUUUAGGACCGUUCAUCCCAAGCGCAUGCGAUGGUGCCGAAACCUCCUACUUACACACGGUAUGUCUGAGCACAAGGUCUGGUCACUCAAAGAUGGAGCAAGGUUUUGCGCUAGGGGGAACUGUAUAAGAUACGCUCCAGGCGGAAAUUUUUAGGAGACCGAUAAAUAACACGAAAGGUUUAGCGUAAGUUGAUGGUUUUGUGGAUGAUAUAAAUACUACCGCUAUAUUAUUAAGUUUCGUAUCAUUGUACUUCCCAGCAGCAUAAGGGAAGAGCCUCAAUACGUCAGCCCGCAGCGUAGUCAGACUCGCCAAAUAAGCUGGUUGUGCUGUGUAAGAAUCAAAUGCGUCAGUGCCGUGUACAAAUCCGUGCUCGUCUUGUAAUACAGUAAGCCGGUAUUAGCCUGGUAUAUUCUGGAUAUAUAAUCGACACGCCAGCUUACAGAGCAAAGACUGCGGGAUUGAGAAACCUGCUUUGUGUUCCCUGAGAAUCCUUGUCACUUGUUUUCCAGUGGAUAACAUUUCUCAUAGAGUCCGGUCAAAACAAGUGAUGCGAUGGAAAAUUCCAGUGUGUUGAUGGCGUUGGCGAAGGUACCGAUGGACAUGUCCGUACCGGGCAAUGCGACCAACUGGGACGUCUAUGUUGCGCAGUUUGACCGUCAAUGGGAAGAACACUACACACUUAACUGGAUUUUCAUCGGCAUUAUGAGCAGUUUGGCGGCGUUUGGCACUCUAACGAAUUUAUUCGUGUUAAUCUCGCUGGUCCUGGUGUUGGAAUUACACCACUGUCAGUAUGCCUUUGUGGGCAAUUUGGCCUUUGCCGACAUCCUCAUUACGGCCAUCGUGCUGCCGGUCAUCGUAGCCGUAUUGCUAAAGGGACCGGAUAUGUUCCGGCGGCACCCGUGGUUCUGCGAACUGGAAGGGAGUAUCUGUGCCUCCGCGUGUGCCGGAUCCAUCUGGUGUAUCAUGGCCAUCAGUGUGGAAAGGUACAUCUGCAUCUGUCACCACAACCUGCACAGCAAACUCUUCACACCCCUCCGCACGGCCGGUCUAAUCAUUCUCCUGUGGAUCGUCGCCAACGCCAUCCACGCCCCGAACUACCUGGGCUGGGGCCGCACCGGCUACACCGCGGACCUUAACCUCUGCACCUCCGAACUGCAUCUCCAAUCCUACUCCAUCUUCUUCGGCAUCCUGGCGGUCAUCAUCCCCAUUAACAUCAGUUUCUAUGCCUACAUGCAGAUUUACCGUCGCAUCCGCAUCAGCCGCGCCGGGCGCCGUAUCCUCGUGUCCCAUAGCCGGGCGUCCACGAACUCCAGCGCCGAUCCCACGGCGCCCGGCAUCAUCCCGCCCAUGCAGUUGCGGGCCAUUCGCGAUGAGAUCCAACUGGCCAAGGCGCUGUUUAAGGUGUUCAUACUAUUCCUGCUGUCGUGGAUGCCGUUGGGGUUGUUUUUUAUACUGCGGAGCUCGGUGACCUUUCCGAAGUGGUACAACUUCAUGGGGCUGAUUCUGGCGCACGGGAGUAGUGCGACGAAUUCGGUGAUUUAUUUUUGGAUGACGGAUCUGUUGCGGACGACGAAGGAAGGGUACCGGCGACUGAUCAGGCGCGCUAAGGCGAACCGGGUCGGGCUGCCCGGCAUGCUGGCUAAGGAAUUGAAUAUUAAGAGAAUGGGAUCGAAUUUGAGAACUUAUGAGCAUCACCCUGAUCCGGUGGGAUGAGCGGUUGGAUUGCUGGAAUUUCGGGCAAAUCUUGCAAGUUAAAGCCAUUUACGCAUGCGCACAAAGAACGGAAACGUAAAGACGAAAAUUGAAAAAUAUUGUUCAUAAUACGUAAAUUAGACUAUUGUACAGUGUGGUUAACAAAUAUUCACAGUGUAAUUAAAUCUCGGCUUAUUUAAUUUUUUAACACUUUAAUCAAAAUUAAUUUACUUUAACUUUUAAUACCAAUUUAGUCAUUUGGCUUUUGAAAGUUUGAUUUAGUUUCUUUUAAAUGUUUAAAGCUGU